CCCAGCCAAGAUUUUGGGGGAACAAGGAGAGAGAGAAGAGGAGAGAAGAGGCCAUUCUUCUCUUCUCCACCACCUACUCUCUCUCUCUCUCUCUCUCAUCUCCUGCCUUCUCUCUAGGAUCGCCGCCAUCCACCACAUCCCACGCUUUUUACUGCCGCACACAUAAGAGCACAGGAGGAGGAGGAAGAAGAAGAGUAGAGAGAGAAAGAUAGAGAGAGGAGCAGGAGAAGCAUUCGUUCAUCCAGGAGAGAGAGAGGCUUCAAGUUCUUGGUCUCCUGCUCUGCCAUGUCCAUGGAUGAAGGGUAUGGCCCUACCUGGGACAGCGACGACGAGUACGACAACUUCAUACGCAAGAUGAACCCGCCAAGGAUCGAGAUCGAUAAUGAUUCAUGCAACGACGCCACGAUUGUCAGGGUAGACAGUGCAAAUGAGUAUGGGAUUCUCCUUGAAGUAAUCCAAGUUCUGAUUGAUCUGAAUCUUGUGAUAAGUAAGGCGUACAUAACCUCAGAUGGUGGAUGGGUCAUGGAUGUCUUUAAUAUAACUGACAAAGAAGGGCAGAAGCUUAAAGAUAAGGCUACUAUUGCGCGAAUUGAAGACUACAUUUGUAAGUCUUUGGGUGCAGAUUCAAGAUACAUACCUUCUCGCCGGAGAUCAGUAGAUGUCGCUGCUUCGAGUGAUCACAAUGUCAUUGAGCUGACAGGGACUGACCGGCCAGGCCUCCUCUCUGAAGUCAGUGCAGUUCUUGCAAGCCUCAAGUGCAACGUUGUCAGCGCCGAGAUCUGGACCCAUAACACCAGGGCUGCCGCCGUGAUGCGAGUCACCGAUGAGGGCACCGGAUCGGCCGUCACGGACGCCGACAGGCUCGAGAGGAUCAGGGAUAGGCUGUCCUACCUUCUCCGGGGAGGCAACCUCUCGCGCGGCGCGGCCAUGGCGGUGUCGACGGGGACCUGCAGCACGCACACCGAGAGGAGGCUGCACCAGAUGAUGCUGGAUGAUGGCGACCAUGAGCAGCUCCAUCGGCAUCCUCCGAAUCAGUCCCAGAGGCCCAAUGUGACGGUGAGCAAUUGGAAUGACAAGGACUACUCGGUGGUCACCAUCCGAUGCAAGGACCGGCCGAAGCUUCUCUUCGACACGGUUUGCACCUUGACAGACCUGCAUUAUGUUGUUUUCCAUGCAAAUAUUGAUGCCAAGGAUAAUCAAGCUUACCAGGAAUUCUAUGUGAGGCAUGUAAAUGGAUCUCCAAUGCACACUGAAGCUGACAGGUUGCGAGUCAUCCAGUGCCUUGAAGCUGCUAUUGAACGGAGGGUGUCUGAGGGUGUGAAGCUUGAGCUCUGCACAAAUGACAAGGUCGGCCUCCUGUCAGAGGUCACCCGAAUCUUCCGCGAGAACAGCCUGACUGUCACAAGAGCGGAGGUGAGCACGAGAGGAAGGAUGGCUGUCAACACAUUCUAUGUUCGCGAUUCCACAGGAGGGACGGUUGAUCAGAAGACAAUAGACUCCAUCAGGCAAGCCAUAGGCCAGAACAUUCAGGUGAAAGGCCAGCCUGAGCCAUCAGAGCCACAGAAGAAAGAGUCACCCACAUGGUUCCUCUUCGCCAACCUGUUUCGACCGAGAUCUCUCUACAGUUUCGGGAUGUUCAUGCGCUGAUCUCAUGAGCCGAUCCCGAAAACCGCACUGAAAAUUCUUAGCUGACGAAGAGGCCCAAGAAUUCAGGAAGUUACAGAGAGGGCCUUCAUUCUGUUCAAGACUUACCAGUGGAGUGGCGCAGGAAUGGAAUAGUAGUGUAGGGGUUGUUUAUAGAUCAUCAUCAUUUGUAAAUAUACUCGAAUUCGCCAUGUCCACAUUGUACAUAUGUAGAUAAAUCAUGUAAAUAUAACUGUGGAAGAUAUUGUUUUAUAAGAAAUAUGUUAGAUUAACAAAAAAAUAUUGCUCCUUAGAAAA